AUUUCUACCGCGAACUGUCAAACCGCAAACGUCAACCGCAGUUUGCGACGAAACGGCCAGCAGCCAUCAUCAUCAGGAGAAGCGCAAGAUAAAUUUGGGCCGAAACAAUCCGCGAAAACUCGAAGCGUCCAACUUUCUCCCUUCGAUCGCAGCUGCGUAAAGUACCGAAAAGUACAGUGUCCAACAGGAAAUCCAGUACGGGAAGGAAGCUGCCAGUGUUUCCCGUCGAAACCGCAAACGCAUCAGGAAGAGUCAGGAGCUGCACCAGAAAAAAAAUCCAAACAAGAUGGAUGCGAUGAGCCUGAGCUUGGAUGACAUUAUCAAGAAGAAAGCCAUCGGAAAACGGCCGAAACCGGUUGGGCCGGUCGGCAAGAAAUCGCCGACCAAAGUGGGUCGCAAUGGUGCCGGAAAGCGGCUGGGCAAGAAACCGCUGGCCAGUCCGAAUGGUCGACGUAAGCCCGUAGUAGGAAAGCAGCCCCGUCCCGGAGGAGGAAUUGCUAAACCCGCGAUGGUCGUCGAUGCUCGAAUGAAAAUCAUACAGAAAAAGCGGGCCCAGAUCCGGGACGCUAGGGACAAGCUGGUGGAGAUUGCACGCAACAGCGGCGAUGCCCGGUUGCGAUUACUCAAACGCAAGGGAAAGGUCCCACCGGGCAAUGGGAUCCUGAAGAAGCGCAUCGAUGCGGACCGAGCUCCGAGAGGAAAAGUUUACGUUGACGAAAUGGACGUGGAUUACGAUAUGGAUGUGGAUAUCCGUCGCCCGAUAGGACCGUUGAAGCGAACGGUUCGCAACGAAAUGUUUUCGGUACCCAGUACAAUGCCACCGUUGCCGACGUUCAGCCGUAAUGUUCGUAAUUCGCCCCCACCGACGUCCUCCUCGUGGAACAGUGAUCCAUUCGAUUGCUACGAAGUGCACACCACUCGACCGGUCAUGUCCAAGGCCCCUCCUCCGCCGGCUCCCAUUCCACGGUACGACGAUAUUCCGCCCAGACGUGGAAUUGCAAGGGUUCGAUCUCCACCACCGCACCCAAUGUACGCCGAAGACAGACCACACCUGUCGUCGACUAUGCGAGCUCGAUUGGAGCGGGCGCCGAAUCCCAACGAAUCGAUGGGAAUUUUCGCCAAAAUGCCACCAGAAGAUCACCACAGAAGCAGCAGCAGCAGCAGUAGUCGCCAUCAUCACCAUCACCAUUCGCAACCAUUGUCACCUUCUCCGUCGCCACCGAUUACCGGCUACAGGAUUGUGGUCAGCAAUCUACACGGCAGUGUGACGCAAAACGACAUCAAGGAACUGUUCGAAGACAUCGGAGAUCUGCUUGAAUCGCGGCUCGUCCGCCCAGGAGUAGCCGAGGUCAUCUACCGCACCCUCAAGGACGCCGAAGAGGCCGUCGAUACUUAUCACAACCGCCAGUUGGACGGCCAACCGAUGAAAUGCUUGCUGGUGAAACCGCGAGCUUCCAACAAACCAACCGCUCCGGCCAUCAGCUAUUCGAGCUCAUCAAGAUCCCUCAAGUCCACCUCACUCUCGUCAUCCUCGUCAUCCGGGGCCAAAAAAUCGCACGUCGAAAUAGACAUCGACGCACUGCAUACGGUUCUGUUCAGAAGAGACCACUAGAGACAAUUUUCUCCUCCUCCUGCCCUGAUUUCCGCUCCAAAGGAACUAUUAUACAGACACUGAUGAUGCACCAGAGCAGAUAUUCAUUCGCAUACACUAUCCAUUUUCAAUUGGCUACUCCGCUGUAAGUGUUUGAAUUUCGAAUAUGUUACUUUUGUUUCCUCUACAUUACCUUAACCACUAGAGAUGCUUUAAGUGAGAUACCGUUCGAUUGAAAACUAUUCCUCAAAACACGUGUCGUCUUAAAUUGAUCUAAAUCUUCUCCCUCCGAAAGAUGACAAAGAUUCCUCCGUGAGAGAGCUCAAUGGCGCCCUGGCGCGACAGGACAUUUAGAACUAGAGAUCGAAUGAUCCACUAAUGGACAUAAGACAAGAAUGUAGGAAAGCGUUUCAGAAGAGACGACUGCGAGAAAGCUAUUAUUCGUGUAAGACCCAGACAGUAUGGUAAUUGAUAAAUACACAUACCUUAUGCUAUGCUACAACAAUGAAUAAAAUAAUUUAGAUUGAAAUGGUGUAAUAUGAA